GUGAUAACAGUUAAUCUUUUUUUUCAGAACUGUCAAGAGAAUACAGCGGUGCAUUUAUUGGUAGACAUACAUGUGACUGCAAUAAACAGGCUCCAUUCUUACGGCUCCUAAUCUCUACUGACAUCUAACGGCAGCAUCCAGAACUACAUGAGAAUCACGUGACAGGCAAAAAAAUGACAGUUGAAAAUCGGUAGAAAAGUCAACGCUGUGGGGGUUCGCCAAAAGCAUAGACAAAACCUGUUGUGGAUCAGGGUCAUCACCACCAUCUCCACCAUGAUCAUCCCCACCAGGGUCAUCACCACCAUCCCCACCAGGGUCAUGACUACCAUCCCCACCAGGAUCAUCACCACGACCCCCACCAGGGUCAUUACCACCAUCCUCACCAAGAUCAUCUCCACCAUCUCCACCAGGGUCAUCACCACCAUCCCCAUCAAAAUCAUCACAACCAUCUUCACCAGAGUAAUCACCACCAGGGUCAUCACCACCAUCCCAACCAGGGUCAUCACCACCAUCCUCACCAAGAUCAUCUCCACCAUCUCCACCUGGGUCAUCACCACCAUCCCCACCAAGAUCAUCAACACCAUCUUCACCAGAGUCAUCACCACCAGGGUCAUCACCACCAUCCCAACCAGGAUCAUCACCACCAUCCCCACCAUUGUCAUCACCACCAUCCCCACUAGGUGCAUCACCACCAUCCCCACCAGGAUCAUCCCCACCAGGGUCAUCACCAUCACGCACACCAGGGUCAUCAUCACCAUCCACACCAGGGUCAUCACCACCAUCCCCACCAGGGCUAUCCCCACUAUCCCCACCAGGGCCAUGUACCUGAACAAGACCCUCCCUAGAGGAUAG